AUGCGGGUAGCCGCCUGCCUUCUCUCCUUGGCUCUCUGCGCCCUGCCCGCUGCCCCAGCCGCCGGGCCGGCAGCGGCGGUGGGGCGGCGGGGCGAGAGCCGCUUCGCAGAGCGACAGAGCAUCAGGCCCCUGCGGCUGGUGUCCGGCGAGGGCGGCGAAGGGGCGCGGCGGCCGGCGCUGAGUACGCGGGUGCGGAGCGGCGCGGCGCGGACGCAGUCUACCCAUAUUGCUCGAGCCAGCUUCCAGGUUGAUGCUUUUGGAUCAUCUUUCAUCCUAGAUGUGACGCUAAACCAUGACCUGCUGUCUUCUGAAUAUCUCGAGCGACAUAUCGAGCAAGGUGGGAAGACAGUGGAAGUUAAAGGAGGAGAACAUUGCUAUUAUCAGGGAGAAAUUCGAGGAAAUCCCCUAUCAUUUGUUGCCUUAUCAACGUGCCAUGGAUUACAUGGGAUGUUCUAUGAUGGGAACCAUACAUACCUGAUUGAGCCAGAUGAAAACUACACUUCAGAUGAUGACUUCCAUUCCCACUCUGUUUACAAGUCCAAGUUGUUUGAGUUUCCUUCGGAUGACCUGCCAUCUGAGUUCUGGCAAAUGAAUACGACGUCACCAAAGUUCGUUGUAAAGCCAAGACACAAAAGAAGUAAAAGACAGGUUCGUCAGAUUGCACGUAAAGUCGAAAAGGAAACAAAGUACAUUGAGUUAAUGAUUGUAAAUGAUCAUCUAAUGUGCAAAAAGCACCGCCUGUCAGUUGGCCAUACAAACAGCUAUGCUAAAUCAGUCGUGAACAUGGCAGAUUUAAUAUAUAAAGAACAACUUAACACCAGGAUAGUAUUGGUUGCCAUGGAAACCUGGGCUACUGAUAACAAGUUCACCAUAUCUGAAAACCCCUUGGUGACCCUACGUGAGUUUAUGAAAUAUAGGAGGGAUUUUAUCAGAGAGAAAAGUGAUGCAGUUCACCUUUUUUCGGGCAGUCGGUUUCAGAGCAGUCGAAGUGGUGUAGCCCACACUGGUGGAAUCUGCUCCUUGCUUAAAGGUGGAGGUGUGAAUGAGUUUGGAAAGCCAGACCUAAUGGCAGUUACCCUGGCACAGACCUUGGCCCAAAACAUUGGCAUUUUCUCAGACAGAAGAAAACUUUUAAGUGGUGAGUGUAAGUGUGAGGACACGUGGUCUGGAUGCAUAAUGGGAGACACAGGGUAUUAUCUUCCAAGCAAAUUCUCCAAGUGCGAUAUUGACGAGUAUCAUGAAUUUUUAAACAAUGGAGGUGGAGCCUGUCUUUUCAAUAAACCAACCAAACUUCUGGAUCCUCCAGAAUGUGGCAAUGGCUUUGUGGAAGACGGAGAAGAAUGUGACUGUGGGACGAUAGCGGAGUGUGCCAACGAAGGAGGAGAGUGCUGCAAUACUUGCACCCUGACAGCGGGCUCAGAGUGCAGCAACGGGCUGUGCUGUCGGAAGUGCCGGUUUGAACCUAAAGGAGUUUUAUGCAGAGAAGCAGUGAACGAUUGUGAUAUUGCAGAGAACUGCACAGGAAAUUCCAGUCAGUGUUCUCCCAAUAUUCAUAAAAUGGAUGGAUAUUCAUGUGAUAACAAGCAGGGCAUUUGUUUUGGAGGAAGAUGUAAAACUAGAGACCGGCAAUGUAAAUAUAUCUGGGGUGAAAAAGUGACAGCUGCUGACAGGUACUGCUAUGAGAAGCUGAAUAUUGAAGGCACAGAGAAAGGAAACUGUGGAAGAGACAAGGACUCUUGGAUACAGUGCAAUAAACAGGAUGUGCUUUGUGGAUACCUCCUGUGCUCCAAUAUAUCCAGCAUACCUAGACUUGGAGAACUUGAUGGUGAAAUCACAUCAUCAAUCUUGCAGUAUGGAAAAGUCUACAACUGCAGUGGUGGCCACGUGAAGCUGGACGAGGAGACGGACCUGGGCUACGUGGAGAAUGGGACACCAUGCGGGCCAGACAUGGUGUGCCUGGAGCAUCGCUGCCUCCCCACCGAGGCCUUCAACUUCAGUACCUGCCCAGGCACCACAGGCAGCCAGAUUUGCUCAGGACAUGGUGUUUGUAGCAAUGAAAUCAAGUGUGUCUGUGACCGAUCCUGGGGAGGAGAUGACUGCAGUUCUCGGAUCAAAGAUGAUGCAUUUUUUUAUAAAGAUGCCAUCAAUAAAGGUGUUGUUAGCACAAACAUAAUAAUAGGGGCUAUUGCUGGCACCAUUUUAGUGUUGGCUCUCGUUUUAGGAAUAACUGGUUGGGGUUACAAAAACUACAGAAGACAGAGAGAAAUGCCCCAGGGAGAUUAUGUAAAAAAGCCUGGAGAGGCCGACUCUUUUUAUAGCGACAUGCCUCCUGGAGUCAGCACAAACUCUGCAUCUAGUUCUAAGAAGAGGUCUGCUUUUCUGUCGCAUUUUCAGAUUUCUACCUGUUCCAUCACCCAUUAUUCCAUUAGUCAGAACAUUUCAUUGUUUUGCAGCAGGUCAAAUGGAUUAUCUCAUUCCUGGAGUGAAAGGAUCCCAGACACAAAGCAUAUUUCAGACAUUUGUGAAAAUGGGAGGCCUAGGAGUAAUUCUUGGCAAGGUAAUAUAGGAGGAAACAGAAAGAAAGUCAGAGGCAAAAGAUUUAGGCCACGGUCUAAUUCAACUGACAGGGUAACCCAUGCAUCUGAGCCUGGGCUUUCUCUCGCCCACCAAAUCCCGGCCCAAGGCAUAAGCCCAGGGGGUUCUGAGCACCCCCAAACAGGGAGUCGGGAUCACAGGUAUUUAAACCCAUGGUUCAAAAGAGAAUAUAAUGUAGCUAAGUGGGUAGAAGAUGUGAAUAAAAACACUGAAGGACCAUACUUUAGGACACUGUCUCCUGCAAAGUCUCCAUCCUCCUCCACUGGAUCUAUUGCUUCCAGCAGAAAAUACCCUUACCCGAUGCCACCACUUCCUGAUGAGGAGAAAAAAGCCAACAGGCAAAGUGCCAGGCUAUGGGAGACUUCCAUUUAG